UAGCUUGACAUUGUUUCUUGCUUGUGGUUCAUGUUUUGUUAGCUAAUCUGGCUAGCAGAUGUCGAAUGGUCGAAUUAAGUGUCAGAUGAAUAUAUGUGCUUAAAACGGUCAAAACGCCACUCCUAGUAAGAAGGGAGGAUGGCGCAUCGACGUACCCCACCUCCGCUGUCUCAGAGGACAGAGUACCUGGAACCCGAUAAUGACUCCGACAGGGACUCUGGCGUUGGGGAGGAUGCAGGGGAGGAUGCUGACAGUAGCCAUGAAGCCACAUUUACGGAGGAGGAGAACGUCAACAUACAAGAUGGAUUGGAAGAAAACGGAGGAGAGAGAAGAGAUUUUACAGUUUUUGUAGCCUUUCAAGGGAAUAUGGAGGACGAGGACUUCGCUCGAAAACUUGACACUAUCCUCAAUGGGAUACCCAACAUGCUUGAUAUGGGCUCUGAUAGGCUACAGCCACAGCAUGUGGAGCCGUGGAACAGCGUGCGUGUUACCUUUAACAUUCCUCGGGAUGCUGCUGAGCGACUCCGACUGUUGGCCCAGAACAACCAGCAGCAGCUCAGAGACCUGGGGAUCCUCUCUGUGCAGAUAGAAGGCACCCACAACUCAUGGUCUCCACCAUUGGUGGCUGUCCCUUAA